CAGAGUGAGGGCGAGAAAUGCAAGUCAAAAAAGGAGGACCUGGAUGUGUGUCUGGCCCAAGUGGCUCCCCUCAUGCCCAAGAGUGGUCUACCCCAUACCCGACUUGAUCUUAACAAUAUGUGCAAGGCCUUCAAGGGCGGCAUGGCCUGCGUUGACAGGUACACCUCCAACUGCCUGAGCCCCGAGGAGAGAUCGGAGCUGGAGAUGCACCUGAAGGGGGCGAGGUCGUUUCUGGCCUUUCUCUGCGACGACCCCGUUUUCCAAAAAGACUAUUUGUCGCACGGGCCGUGCUUGCGGGAUGUGAGCAGCGACUGGGAGAAAUGCCACUUCCACUUCAAGCGCCUCGUGAGUCUUCAACACCAGGCCACCAACAUCACAGCCGCCGUCAGGGACCACAAUUUAUGCUGCAUCCGUGAGGGCUUCUUGUCCUGCGUGUACAGAGUCGGCUACUUCCGGUGCCAAAAACCCGAGGCCCUCUUCCUGAAGAAGGUGACGGCGACGCUUUCCUACAACGACAUUCAGGAGGAGAAAUGUCGGCACGUCAACAGAAAGACUUGCUCACGCGCAAGCGACCGUUCUUCAGCGUUCAGUACCGUUUGGAUGUCAUUAGCGGCGAGUUCUUUGCUCUUGACAUUGCAAAGCUCUCCCUGGCUUCUUCUUCUAUAAACUCUGAGGAGUCUUCGCGGAAUUGAGUUCAAAUACUACGUCCAAAUCCGACUGUUGACUCUGGUGAGUUUCAAGUGUUCUUCACGGUUAAAUGCGUUGCUCUUUUUUAAUAUAAAUUUGAAACUAGGGUUAGUGCUUGUUUGUGGACUGUCUCGUGAAGUACCGUCAAAUGUUAUUUCACCGUAUGCUUGUUAAAACAAACUACGUACUUCACGUUUCUCGCCAGUUCGGGACUCGGUGGUUGUCAUGUUUUCUUUGUAGAUUCCUUGAGGACGACGCGUCCCAGUAAUUCUCUUAGUCGUUUUACUUAGAUAUUCACGUCACUUCCUUUCUAUCUCUCCGUCGUCCAUUGUAAGCGCCUUUAGCCCUCUCUGUUUAUUAAUAUUUAUUUUUAUAAUUACAACUAAAUAUCUCUCAAAGUUAAUUGUUCUUUUGGAACACCAUUCUGAACGCUGAAUGCCGUUUAUAUAUAUUUUUUUGUUCACGCCUUAAGCUGUCGAAUUAUGGCUGUUUCAUGACAUUGGUGAUCUAAAUUUCUCGAAUGGUAACAGACUCAACCUAUUUAUAAAUUGAUAAACUAAGCGGCCUUGUGUAUUUGGGUUAAUGACAACUAACUGACUGUUGUUUACUUUUAAUAUUUAACAGAAAAAGACUUUUGGUCUGUCAUUAAAUACUGACUGAUUUGUUUGCUUUUAAUAUGUAUAAAAAAGACUUUGGGUCUGUCAAUAACAACUAUUUGACUGUUGUUUACUUUUACUAUUUAUCCGAAGAAGAUCUGAGGUCUCUCAAUUCAAUAAAGACUGAUUGAAAAGGGGUUUAGCUAGACUUCAGUCAUUAUUCUUCUUUUACUCAUGAACACGAAAGACAUGGAAAUAUAAUCCGACAUCCAUUACAAUAAGAAUGGCCAGUUACUCUGCUCUAUUGCGUAUCAAUGUAAUUGAAAGUUCUUUUACAUAUCAAAUUUCAUGACCCUCCAUUGUUCAACCAGUUCAAUGUCUGAAUUUCUACCAAAAUGUAACAAGACGUGAUCGGACCUCCAACUUAGUCAGGGCGCGUGCUAAAACCUACUGUCAAAUGGAGCGUUGUUUCAUCAACGAAACUCAAAAUAAAUACGUUAUAUUUCAUUAGAAAUAUUUAAUAUGCAUAUUAUUUAAUUUUUACAUUUUCAUUCUAAUAAAUAAAAAAAACCUGCCCUAAAAUUCCUGUAUCUUUCACUCAACGCGAAACACCCUUUUCAGACAAUUUUCGGAUUUCCUAGCCCCCAACAUGAACACGAACAAGAACAACAGCAACACAAUACUUUGUAGGCUUAUUCCCCGAGUUACUUGUUUCAUAUGACUUGUCAAUUGAUCGCCUUUGUCAUCUUAUAAACCAGAUUUAUACAGAAACAAAUGACGGUUUUCGUUCGUCCUUCCGAGACCCUUCUCUGUGUCCUUUAAUACCUGAUGACUCUUCCUCCUUCCAUGUUAUUUACACUUAUCGAUGAAAUAAUGUAUGUGCUGAAAGUAUAUUUUUGAAAUAAAUAAAAAAGAAACAAGGAGAACAAUUAUUAUAUGUGAUAUUCAGUGUUUUGAGAAGUUGGAUUAAUAUUAUUGUAGAUAGUUAUAUGUUAAGAAUUGUAAAUUUUCAGUUACUUCUAUCGAGAUUAUGUGCAAAUAAUCAAAGGCGUUUUUAAUCCUUAUAAAUAUCGUUUUAUUAUUGUGAGUGUUGCAAUAAUUGUACCCAUGCAAUACAAGUAUGGGCUGUUUAUUUAACACGCUAGUGUGAUUAAACAAACGUACAAAAAUCUUCUGUUUUAAUAUGAAAUUUUACGUGUUUACAAUUUACUUUUGGUGUUCAAUUUUACGAGAAAUUAUAAACAUACC